GGCCCGCACUGCGCAGCACCCCGGCCGCGCGGAUUCCCGGAGGUGGUGGCCGCUCCCCGCGGCGGCGGCGGCGGCGGCGGUGGUGGGGGUCGCUACUGCGCAGGCACCUCGGGAAGAGCUGCGCCUCCCGCUGGCCCCGCGCGUCUCCUUCGCGCCGGGACCCUCGAGCGCCCGUUCCGCGCGCUGGAAGGAGCGGCCGCGGCGGCAGGGACGCCGGCGGGGACGUCCGCGAAGGGACCGGCGGCACCGACGUAACUGGCGGAGGCGGCGGCGGCGGCCGGUGUGGGCCGGCGAUUAGCGGAACCCUGAUUGCUCUCCUUCAACACGUUCAAUAUGAAGCUACUAGUAAUACUUUUAUUUUCUGGACUUAUAACUGCGUGUAGAGGUAGUAACUCUUCGUAUAGUUUGCCACCGAAGUUACUACUGGUGUCCUUUGAUGGCUUCAGAGCUGACUAUCUACAGAACUAUGAAUUUCCUCAUCUCCAGAAUUUUAUCAAAGAAGGCGUCUUAGUGGAGCAUGUUAAAAAUGUUUUCAUCACAAAGACAUUUCCAAACCACUAUAGUAUUGUGACGGGCUUGUAUGAAGAAAGCCAUGGCAUUGUAGCUAAUUCCAUGUAUGAUGUAAUCACCAAGAAAUAUUUUUCUGACUUUAAUGACAGGGAUCCUUUUUGGUGGAAUGAGGCAGUACCUAUAUGGGUGACCAAUGAGCUUCAGGAAAACAGAUCAAGUGCUGCUGCUAUGUGGCCUGGCACCGAUAUACCCAUUCACAAUACCACUCCUUCCUAUUUUAUGAAUUAUAGCUCCUCAGUAUCAUUUGAGGAGAGACUAAAUAAUAUUACCAUGUGGCUGAGCAAUUCAAACCCACCAGUUACUUUUGCUGCGCUCUAUUGGGAAGAACCAGAUGCAAGUGGACAUAAAUAUGGACCUGAAGAUAAAGAAAAUAUGCGCAGAGUGUUGAAAGAAAUAGAUGACCUUAUUGGUGACUUAGUCCACAAACUCAAGAUGUUAGGAUUGUGGGAAAAUCUUAAUGUGAUCAUUACAAGCGACCAUGGGAUGACCCAGUGUUCUAAGGAAAGACUGAUAAACUUGGAUAUCUGCCUCAAUCGUUCAGACUACACUCUUAUAGAUUUUACCCCAGUUGCUGCAAUACUUCCCAAAAUAAAUAAAACAGAGGUUUAUAACAAACUAAAAAACUGUAGCUCUCACAUGAAUGUUUAUCUCAAAGAAGACAUUCCUGCCAGGUUUCAUUAUCAACAUAAUGAUCGAAUUCAGCCUAUUAUUUUGGUUGCUGAUGAAGGCUGGACAAUUGUGCUAAAUAAUUCAUCACUAAAAUUGGGUGACCAUGGUUAUGAUAAUUCUUUGUCUAGUAUGCAUCCAUUUCUGGCUGCCCACGGUCCUGCAUUUCACAAAGGCUACAAACAAUGCACAAUUGAUAGUGUGGAUAUUUAUCCAAUGAUGUGCCACAUCCUGGGACUGAAACCACAUCCAAAUAAUGGAACCUUUGGUCAUAUUCAGUGUUUGUUAGUUGACCAGUGGUGCAUUAGACUCCCAGAAGCCAUUGGAAUUGUUCUUGGUGUGCUCUUGAUCUUAACCAUUCUAACGUGCCUCUUCAUAAUCAUGCAGAAUAGACUGUCUGCACCGCAGCCAUUUUCCCGACUUCAGUUACAAGAAGAUGAUGAUGAUCCUUUAAUUGACUAAUACUAUGUGCUGGAGUUUAUACAACGUGUUUUUGCUUAGUCACAAAACCAAGGAUACACCCAAAUGUGUUAUAACUAUGAAAAAGUAUACUUUGAAAGACAAAGAAUUUAUACCAAGCAUGCUAAAAUUGUGUUUUACUUUUCUUUGUGUUUUCUUUUGGUGCAUUAGCUAAUACCAAAAACAAAAACACCCUGAACAUUGGAAAAAUUGCUGGUAGAUUAUUAACACUAUUUCUCUAACUAGAAACAUUUUUAAGAAAAAUACUGCCUCUGCCUUUCUUUGUGCAAUGAAAAUUUGACACAUAUGAAAAUAUAACAAAAUUUAGUAGGCAUACUUUUCUAAUAAAUUUUUAUAUUUGUAAAUGAAACAACAGAAUCUUUAUGUAAUUAGUGGAAUUUGUGCAUCAGGGAGGAAAAGUUUUCUAUAUUUUUAUAUUUACCUUUAAUGGAGUUUGUAUCCCAAGUAAACCCUUGAGUUAGGAAAUUCUCUGUGAUAGUUACAUGAAAUCAGUUAACCAGGCAGAAAAGAUCAAGCAUAUGAAGAUAGUAUUUUAAGAAGUUAUUAUUAAAAAACUAUCAAAGACAAUGUGGUACAAAGCCUCUGUCUUCACCAUUGUGUCUUUGUUAAGACCCUUAAGCUGUUGAAAUCUCAGCAGUUUUCUUUUGAAGAUCAUUGCUAAUAAGAAAUUAAUAGAGAAAAGUGGGUUGCUCUGUGCUUACUGGCUUUGUAUACGUUACUGGUGUGUGUGCACAGGGUGCUAGCAUGUAUGGGUGUGCAGACUGUAGCCAGCUUACGGAGGGGUCGGAGACGGGCUGGACCGGAGGUAGGCUUCCGCAUUCCCACGGCGCCCAGCUCUUAGGAAAGGUUACAUUUGCGUUCAUGUUUGUUUCCCUUCGUCUAACUCACAACUGAAAAUCAUAAUUUAAAAAAUGCAUUCAUUUUUGUUACCAUUUUUAACCUUCUCAUGUUGAUGAUUAUAAUUAGAAGUAUCAAAGAGCUACAGAAAAAUUUAUGACCUGAUUAUAUAUUUGGUUUUGAUGAGUCAGAAUGAGAAAAAGAUAUUUUUAUGUUAACCUUUGGACUUUUAUCCCUUACUUUUUAGACAACAGAGUAGUUAUAUUUAAAGUGGAAUUUAAUAUCUGUUGCUGUUUUACAUUAUCUGUAUGUUAAAUGACAGAAUAAGCUUUCCACAACGCCUAACAUUUCCUAGCUUGAGUGCUAGGUGGAACCUUCUAAUAAUCAAAAUGAAUAUGACGAAACUGAGUUAUGACAGACUAGAUUAUAUGUAUUAGAGGAAAACUUGGGUUCAGGAACCAUUCUUUGGAAGUUGAGGCAAGCAAUUGAUAUUAGUGUGAUCUUUAAAGUUUUGACAAUACAAAAUAAAGUAGGCACCCAGUUCGCAGAUACAGAAAUUAAUUACAGUAAAUAUGCAGCCCAGUUAAAUGUUGAUUAUCUGUGAUGGUUAAGAGCAAUGGUGCUAAUCAUCAAGUGUUUAAUUCACCCUGUCUGAUCACUGCUGGGUUCCUGAUCCUGGUAUUAGUGCCUAUUGUAUCUGGGUUUCUUGAGAAGCAUUUCCACAUCCUGUAUAAAUAGGUGACACUGAUAGUGAUCAUAAGUUGACUGUAUUAAGAACAACAUAAUACAUAAAUGAAAUAAAACCAAUUGGGCUAAUUUUGCUUUUUGACACAUUUUAUUACUGAAGUUUUUCCUCACAUAGUUAUCUUAAAGGUAAUAGUUGAUUUGAAUGAAAUAAUAGAAAAUUUUCUUUUCUACUUCAAUUGCCAUUAAAAAAAUAACAACAAAGAGUACAACAGUCACAUUUAAAGCCCUGGAUAUUUUAAAAAUAGUAGGUGGGUAUUUUAUACUAUUUGAGUAGUCUUUGGUCCUUGGAAUGGUGUGAGUUUUAGUGAUUGCAUUAGCUUGAUGGUGGUAUGAGUUUCAGUGAACUAUACCUGACAUCCAACCUGUGAGUAGAUUUUAUAUAGGAUAGGAUAGGAAGGGAUGCUGUGUCUUAACCCCUGAACAAAAGACAUUUACCUACUUGUCUUAUCAGUCUCAAGAUAUUAACUUUAAUUGAAAUUGUAAAUAUAUAUAUAUAUAUGUUCAUGAAUAGAAUUUAUUUAAUCAAAGAGGUGUUUAUUAUUAUAUUGAACUCUGUGUUAAUUCAUAUGUAUUUAUAAAAACUAUCGCUGUCAAAGCUAAUGAUCCUCCAAUACACUGAAAAAGUCCUUUAGUAAAACAGGCUUUUACAGUAAGGUUUUGAUGUAUUUUAUAAUAUAAUUGGCAAAUGUACCUUGCUGUUUUCUGGGUGAUAGAAAGUAUUUAGCUGUUUAUGACAUUUAACUGUUUGACAACAAUACUCAAAGGUAAUAGGAUAAUUUUUUAUUAGGUGGUUUUUUUUAUUAUUCAGUGAGUGCAUUCAGAAUAAGUAUGUUAACUGAUAACGGGGACAGUUCUGCUCUCAUUAACAUGCAGGUUCUCUGGUCCAUGCUCUGUACUAUAGGCUUUGUGCUAUUUUUCCAUGAAGCUUGCUCUAAGAGGUGAAUGUUUGGGACAUUAAAGGAUUAAAAAUGCCUUUGCAUUAUUCUUGGGUUCCUCUCUUCCUAGCCUACAUCUGGUAAGCUUUAAGGGUGAAUGCAUUUAAUUUAUUUUAUUUGGAGGGUUUUACUUCAUUGUGAAUACCUAAAACUACAAAUGAAGGACAAAGAUGAGAUGGAAAGUGUUUAUUGUCAAUUCUUAAAAUAGUGUGUAAAUAAAAUGACAGUGUGCUUUAAAAAUUUUGUAAUAUAGUGCCUUAAGUUGAAGUAAAAUGUAUUUUGAUUUAUUGUUUGAAUUCAUAGUUAAUGACUGAUUUUAAAAUGUAUCUGAAUAAAAUCUACCAAUACA